AUGUUUUUCGAGAUCGCGAUGGAGCGCCUUCUUUCUGCGGUGAUCGCAUCAAUCAUGAUGCCAUACUGGGGGUGGGAUGGAUGCAACUUCGUUGCCUUCGCCCUCCUUGUUACCGCUAUUUUGGCUGGGAGCAUCUUCUUCAGCCUGAUGAUCUGGGGGCUGGUGACCAAGAUGAUCCAGCAGGGCGUUUCGAGCCUGCGGAGGAGAUUGCGAUCCGGUGCCCGCCCGGACGGAGGAGUAGUAGCAGAACCUGGCGAUACCACGGCUGAGCACGCGCGGGAACAGCAAAGGCCAGAGCGGCAAGGGCCGUCCCACGGGCGGGCGCACCUUGCCGGACGUGCGACUUUGAGGGUUCGGGACCGGCAGCGGGCGCAGCCGCAGCCACAACAACAGCAACGGCGCCAUGUACCGCAGGAGCCACGGGAGGCUCAGCAGGGGCAACAGCAGCAGUUGCGGCAGGAGAUGCAGGAGCCGAUGGACAAGGUGCGGUUGCCGGAGCACCUGGCGAUGUCGCGGCAGCGGUUAGAUCAGGAGCGGUGGUUGGAGCGGAGCCGCUAUUUAACCGCCCAGAUGAAGCUUCUGGACCGGGAUAAAAAGGCGAAGCAUGAGCAUGAGUGGUUGGAGCGGAACCCCAAUCGGUACGCCCAGGCGCUGCAUCAGAACUGGGAGAAGAAGGUGAAGCAGGAGCAGCAGACACGGGAGCGGAAGAAGCUGCAGCAGCAGGAGCGGGAGCGAGAGGCUCAGCAGGGGCAAAAGCAGUUGCGGCAGGAGAAACAGGAGACGAUGAACAAGGCGUGCAACCGGGUGCACAAUAAGGUGGAACUGCCCUGCCUGCGGGAUCAGGUGCGGUUGCCAGAGUACCUGGCGAAGUCGCGGAAGCGGUCGGACCAGGAGCGGUUGGAGCGGAUCCGCAUUGGGGUCGCCCAGGCGUGUCAGCAGGACCGGGAGAAGAAUGCGAAGCUGGAGCAGCAGAAACGGGAGCGGAAGAAGCUGCAGCAGCAGGAGCGGGAGCUACAGGAGAACCAGCAGCGGCGACGGCAGCAGGAGGCGGACGAGCAGGCGAAAACGCAACAGCAGGAUUUGGAUCUGCUGUUGGAGCAGGGCUACCAGCACCUGCUGCAGCGGGAGCGGGAGCAGGAGCAGCAACAGCAGCAACAGCGAGAGAAGAAGAAGCUGGAGAGGCAGCAGCAGGAGCGGGAGUGGGAGAGGAAGAAGAUGGCGCGGCAGCAGGAGCUGGAGCAGCUGAAGCUGCGGCAGCAAGAACAGGAGCGGAAGAGGAAGAAGAAGGUGGAGCAGGAGCGGGAAGCAUACUUUAGCGGGCUUUGGCAGCGGGAGCAGGAGCGGGAGCAGGAGUGGGAGCAGAAGCGGGAGCAGGAGCGGGAACGGCGAGCCCAAAAGAAAAUGCAGCAGGAGCGCGAGUGGGAGAGGAAGAAGAUGGCGCGGCAGCAGGAGCUGGAGCAGCUGAAGCUGCGGCAGCAAGAACAGGAGCGGAAGAGGAAGAAGAAGGUGGAGCAGGAGCGGGAAGCAUACUUUAGCGGGCUUUGGCAGCGGGAGCAGGAGCGGGAGCAGGAGUGGGAGCAGAAGCGGGAGCAGGAGCGGGAACGGCGAGCCCAAAAGAAAAUGCAGCAGGAGCGCGAGUGGGAGAGGAAGAAGAUGGCGCGGCAGCAGGAGCUGGAGCAGGAGCAGCUGAAGCUGCGGCAGCAAGAACAGGAGCGGGAGAGGAAGAAGAAGGUGGAGCAGGAGCGGGAAGCAUACUUUAGCGGGCUUUGGCAGCGGGAGCAGGAGCGGGAGCAGGAGUGGGAGCAGAAGCGGGAGCAGGAGCGGGAACGGCGAGCCCAAAAGAAAAUGCAGCAGGAGCGGGAGUGGGAGAAGAAGAAGAUGGCGCGGCAGCAGGAGCAGGAGCAGCUGAAGCUGCGGCAACAAGAACAGGAGCGGGAGAGGAAGAAGAAGGUGGAGCAGGAGCGGGAAGCAUACUUUGGCCGUGACGCCGGCGCUACUUCGGGAACGCCCACCGAGCCCCGAAGGGGCACGACCUCGGUGCUGACCACGACGGUUAAGCGGGCCCUUCGCAUGGCGGGCACGGAGGCCGAAGCGCGCCGCAUCACCUUGUCGGCAGUGCUCCGCAACGACAAAGACGUUCCGGGGUCCUCAACAGGGUUGCCGCAGCAGCAGAUUCGCGAGAGGGUGGAGCACACGCUCGACUUCUUGUGCUCCCCUGAAGCGAGCGGCCUCGGACGCAAGAGGCGGAUGGGCUCCGGCAGGAAGGUAAUCAAGACAAUCUUCUGGGCGCACGUUGGGGCCAUCGCCCGGCAAAGGAGACUGGCCAAGGCGGACGCGCUUCCUGGAAGUGCAGAGAAGCGGCAGGGGCGCAACACCGGUGGUGUCCUACCCGCUCCUCGCGACUCCUCGCCACGGGGGCAGGAACAGCGGGAGGCGCUAGGGCAGCACGAGCGACAACAACGAGGGAUUCCACAGACGACCAUCGAGGCGAGGCCGCUGCCUGGUCUCACGCGGGAUUUCCGGACGAUCCAGGUGGAGCACCCACCUAAGAGUUCGUCAGCAGGGUUCUCCCUUGGAAGGGAGGCGACGAGGCAAGAGAUGGAAUCGUCGUUCCUCACGACGACCCACGGCGGCAAGACCGUCAAUGCGCUCCCAUUCCUGCCGAUUCCGCCGGUUGGUCCAUUGGCAGGACGACGGGGAGGGGCAUUCGGAGCAUUGACGACCGUCGAGGCGAGGCCGCUGCCUGGCCUGACGCGGGGUGACCCGUUGAAGGUGGAGCACCCGCCUAAGGGUUCGUCGGGCGGGUUCUCGGUGGGAAGGGAGGCGACGAGGCAAGAGGCGCAAUCGUUCCUCAAGACAAACUCCGGCGGCAAAACGGUGGAUGCGCUCCCUUUCCUGCGGAUUCCGCCGCAGGAGAAGCCAGCGACUCCUACCGUAGCCAUCCCGGCUGCGUCCGUUACCGCCGCCGCCGCCGCUGCCGUUCCCGUGCCCACCGGAACGGAAGAGAACCCAAUCCACGGAACGGAUUCUGCACCCGUUACCGCCGCCGCCGCCGCUGCCGUUCGCGUGCCCACCGGAACGGAAGAGAACCCGAUCCACGGAACGGAUUCUGCACCCGUUACCGCCGCCGCCGCCGCUGCCGUUCCCGUGCCCACCGGAACGGAAGAGAACCCGACCCACGGAACGGUUUCUGCGUACGUUACCGCUGCCGCCGCUGCUGCCGUGUCCGUGACGACCGGAGCGAAGGAGGACCCGACCCACGGAACGGUUUCUGCGCCGGUUGCCGCGGCUGCCUCUGCCGUUCCUGUGACGACCACCGGAAUCGAAGCGGUAUCACAAGACGGGGCGGAAUUUUCUAGUGCCAACCAGACGUUCGUGGCAUGCACGGUGAUGUCGAUCCCCGAUUUACCGGAGUACGAGGAGCAGCGAGCCGCACAGGAAGCUCAGAUCCGCCGCAACCGACCGGCCACCAAGACCGACCCCCCCGCGCCUGACACCACCGUUGGCAACACACCCAGCGCAUCGACCGCAGCGCCCGUUACGCCCAAGACAGAGCAGCCGUUCGAACGGGUGAAGCAAGGGAAAUGGAGGGUCCUCACAGCAGACUACUUGAGCACGGACAGCGAAGAUGGUUCGGGGGAGGAAGACGGGUGGGGGUGAUUGUUGAUCUCUGGCGGCCGAUCACGCCACCACAAGUCGCUGCUUCUGCGCGAUCGAAAAACUGUUUCCCUGGCAGCGUUGUCAUCCUGCGAUGUCCGACUGUUACACUUUUUCUGGUCUUUACAACGUUUUUUCUUCUCUUUGGGGCGAUUCGCGCGUUUUGACACGCAAGCAUGUGCGGAUACUCUAUACUGUCGUUAUCAACACCACGGAUGGAGGCGUACCUGCGUGGGCUGAUGUUUUCUAACCUCGUGGAUACCCUACUGUAGGCCUUCGUAACCUAAGUAUUCAACGGCACCCCUUCCGGGUGGAGGGAUAUUGUGGCGCGUUUUGACACCAUGCGGUCAUGCAAGCAGGUAGGGUGCUCUCCAUUGUUGUUCUCAACACCGAGGAUGGAGGUGUACCUGGAUGGGCUGAUUUUUUACCUUGUGGACACCCUACUGUAGUUCUUCGUAACCUAAAUAUUCAACGGCGCCCCUUCCGGAUGGAGGGAUAUUGCUGUCGUCGAAGAAGUCGGUAUUCCUGUGAGAGGCAUGGCGUGUCCACGGGAAUGAGAUCGAUCGCUGUUUGUGCGAUGGUCACGGGCCGCCAUUUCAGCCGCAGGAGAUGCCACAACACUAUCAUGUGAUUAUCCUAACUGCUCCUGUGGACGGCCGUCACGCCGUUGAUAUUUCGGAUGAAGAAGGGAUUCGAGACUGUCAUCAUACGCCCAGGUCAGCAGCGGGAUGCCUCGUAUGCUCUUCCAAGUGGUUGACUCGAAACGUGAAUCGUUCGGACGUUUUAUAGUUCGCGCGUGUUCGGGGGAUGCCCUGACAAUACAUGGAGCCCAACGCCCCGGGGACUCCGUAACCUGGGUUAUUCCAUUUUUUUGUUCUUUAAAGUACACAACAAAUCCAUAUAGCUCCACAGAUACGGUGGUGAUGUUGUUUCUUUACCAUAAACCGUUCCGGUCUCCGCUCGGGGCCUUCAAAUAUCCGUACAAUAAUAGGCCAGGACAGAAUUUGCUUUGAGUUCAAAAGCGUAUGCAUUACAUCAACAACCAACUUGUGUUUCUACCUUUCCCCGAGCAGCAUUCAGCGAUAUCUCCCCUGUCGAAGGCAGGCUCAACAAAAUAAUUUGGUGGCCAUCAUGUGUAUCUGACUACAACGUAUAUGCUGCACUGGGAAGGUGGGAAAGGGAGACAUGCCGGGGCUAUUAUUUUGUUUUCUCUCGCCCUUCUACCAGUGAAAUCACCUCCGUGGUGUUGCCUGCAAUAAUACAUGCGUACACGCCCGCCGGGGCGUUCCCAAAAGAUGUUACCGAAUAUCCGCCGCGGGAUUUCGGAACCACCCCUCGUAUCUCUCACGGUAUGCUCGUUACACUAUCCCAAGCCCGCCGUCUCGGUUCAUGUUGCUGACGCUUCCCCUUCCGCUACUUCGUCAUGAACCCACGGAGAAAUUGCUACACAGGUUCGUCAUGUCCUUCGUAGUGCGUGUACACGUAAACAUUGGUCUUGUUCGUGCAAAAAAUCGCGGAAAACACUCUGCGUUGUCUCUUGCUCCCUGCGCCAUGCGCAAAGCCCUCUGCAGAUUCUCCCUCGCUGCACUCUUUG